AGUAACAACUUACUGUUGUGCAGUUAUCUCUAUAGUCCAUAUAGGUACUUACUGUUGUUCUAUUGAAUAUAUUUUGUACGUUUAAUAAUUAUAACAUCAUGGACAAGAUUCUAAUUUUGAUUUCCAUAAUGCUGCUAAGUUGUUACUCAACGGAACAAGCCAAAUUUCUACAUAAUAGCAUAAUCGACCCAUCGGACAUGGAAACUAACUCAUUGAAAGCCGGAGAAAAUGUUCUUCCCAAUUCAGCGGAAGAAGAACAUCAGAUGUUGUUGGAAACGAGAGAAGUUGAAGCCGCUACUAAAUCAAAAAUUAUGUACAAAACCCGCCAUCCCAGGUCCGCAAUAGACAACCAGAUUCACGAGGAAUUUGACGCAAGAAAAGGCUGGCCACAAUGCAAAACGAUUGGUGAAGUCCACGACGAUGGAAACACCCGGUGGGGUUGGGCAUAUGCCACCGCCGGGGUACUGGCAGACAGAAUGUGCAUCGCGACUAAUGGAAGUUACAAUCAACUUCUAUCCACCGAAGAGUUAAUUUUCUGCGGUGGUAUAAAAACUAAACAGAGCGGUGCCGUUCGCGGUGACGAUGUUUGGGAAUAUUUGAAAAGUCACGGCUUGGUCUCCGGUGGCAAAUACAACACAAAUGAUGGAUGUCAACCUUCCAAAAUUCCACCAAUCGGUAACAUACCAACACAUUUAUACAAUCAUACAUGCGAAGAGCGCUGUUACGGUAACAAUACGAUCCAUUACUACCACGAUCACGUGAAAGUUAGCCACUACUAUAAUAUAAAAUCAAACGAAGAUAUUCAAAAGGAAGUGCAGACGUACGGUCCAGUCUCAGUAAAAUUCAGGGUUUACGACGACUUUUUUCUCUACAAAAGUGGUGUUUACGUAAAAACUGAAAAAUCGUUAUAUGUGAGAAGGCAUUUUGCCAAAUUAAUUGGAUGGGGAGUCGAAAAUGGUGUAGACUAUUGGUUGUUGGUCAACUCUUGGGGAAAUGAAUGGGGACAGAACGGACUAUUCAAAAUCAAAAGGGGCACAAACGAAGUCCAUGUCGAAGAUUAUGUUUAUGCAGGUGAACCUGAAAUAAAAUAAUAUUAUGAUUUUAUAAAAUAAAAAUAUUUGUCGUUUUACACGAAAUUGAAACAAUAUUCAAUUAAAUACAUACAAAUUAUUCGACUAUGUUUUUAAUAAAUAAUCUUUUAUUUGA